AUGGCAAAUAGGAAUGGCACGCGGCUAUUAAAGCCUACUAGCAGUAUGCAAAGCAUGUCCAGCGCGCUGUCACUGCAGCCGGCACCGCUCACGAGCGCCACGUUUUCUCGCGCUGUGGAAGAGGAUCUGGAGUCACAGGCGCGCGCGUCGCUCAGUCUCUUUGGCUUUGGCUCGCAGGAAUCAGUGAACUGGAGCCCCGUUAGCGCCAGCGUGGCGUCCGCGGCCGCAUCCGCCACCGAGAGUCCAGGAACGGGCGGCGCGAUCAAGGUCCGCGUCAUGGAGCGCGUGUGUCCUAUUGGCACCAACACGUUCCUUUGGAACACUAUGAACUCGCUAGCUAACGGUGGUGAAGGAGGCGACGAAUCUGCAACCGGUAGCGUAGACUCAGCGACUGCGAAUGGCAAUGGGAGCAAUGACGUUAAUGGCAGCGGCACGUUGGAAAGCGACGCGUCAGAUUGGGACACCGCAUCGGCAGGACUGAGCAAUAUGUUUGCGUCAAAAGUGUUGCAGCAAUAUCUCGUAAAGUGUGUGGCGCUUUUGCCGUCGUCUAUUGAGGAGACAGUGGAUCUUCUCGUGCGCUCGGACAGAGAAGAUAUGGAGCUCCCCAUGCAGCACCUCGUAGGUGUUCGUACGAGUUCAUCAGCCUUCGUGUAUUGCCGCAAGAAGAAGCUUUUGCGUCGCUGCAACAAUAAAAAUAGCAACAGUAGUGAAGCCGUAACUAACCGAAUGACGUCCCAGGUAUCAACUCAAGAUUGCGACAGUGAGUCAUCGUACUCAGACUCUGAUUUGGAGGUCGAAGACAAUGUGCCGCUUUUUGCAGGUUGUGUCAGCCAAGAAUCUACGACAGGACGUGCCCGAGGCACUCGGGGCGACUUGUUAGAGGUUGGUCGAUCAGGAGGGAACGCAUCGAGCUCGGGGCAUUAUUUGCCUUCUACAAACAUGGAAGAUUAUCGUGCUGCAAUGGCAACUUCAGGCCACCAAGGAAACCUUAGUAUUAAGUGGGUCGUCGGUGAGAAGACAAGUCGUAUGUUUGCGUCGCGGACUACGUACUGCCUGUUGGAUUACGAGUGUAUCCUGGUGAACGACUGGGACGAAAACGCCGAUCCGUCGCCAAUGUACGUGCGCACGCUGCAAUCGUGCUAUAGCCCACACUGUCAACCUUGGUUAGACGAGGUAGGUUCCAAACCGACGGAUCUUCAGCCGACAGGUUUCAUGGUUCGCCAAGCACGCAAUCGUGAUGGAUAUGUAGAAAUUCAGUUUGUGACUUCAAUUCUGGAGAAAGCACAGUUGCCUAUGGCGUCUCGGAGAGCAAAGUUGCGAGCAUUAUGCGCUAAAAUUGCACGAUUGGAGGAGGUCCUUACGAGCCGGCGUUUAUCGCAGUCUUUACUUGUGAAAGCACCUCACUGGGUGCACAAUCGUGAACGGUUGGGAUGCCGUAUUUGCGACGCAAAGUUUGGAUUGUCACGUCGUCGUCAUCAUUGUCGUCUAUGUGGUGAAAUUUGUUGCUCUGAAUGCUGCCCAAAGAUGGACGUCGCGCUUCCUGAAGUGGGUUGUACAAGUGUGCGUGUAUGUAUCGGAUGUGUACAGAAGCGCAAAACGAGCUGCGAACUAAGAGUGUCGAAUGCGCCAACAAUGGUGUCGACGUUGUCACCGACAAAAAGUGCCUGCGCGGCCACACCACCACCAAUUGGAUACCCCGCGCUACGCUCGGCUUCGUCGUCGCCGCCGGAGCAUUACUUAUCAUCUUCUUCGAGCUACAGUUCUGCCAGCAGCUUUACGAAGACCAGCAGCAGCUUAGGUGAGCGUAAACAUUCAUUGGCGUCGUCAGUUUUUCAGAAAAUGAAAAGCAGUUCGUUGGGUUAA